AUGUCCAUGAGGAAUCAAGGAGUAGUGGAUGAGCCUGAGGAUGAUGCUGCUGGGGGUGGUCAUCAAGGUGCACUUGAAUUGCUGAAGCACGCUCAGGGCUGUUUCAAGCACCAUCAAGAGAAGUUCCCAGAGCACUGGCAAGUUCAAGAAGCUUGUGCUGCCUUCUCGGCUUCCCAUGCAUGCAAUCCUGCAGCUGAACUUCUUUUGCAGGCUGUCCAUCUUGUCCAGUGCAAGUGCACAUUUUUCUCCAGCAACCACUGGUUCAUCUCUACUGUAGCAUUAAGUUUGUAUUGCAUAGACCAGCUAGGGAGGGUGAAGUGGAUUUGGCAAGAAGAGAGUUAUAAUUGGAUGGUGAAGAUGCAGGAUGAGAAGUUGAUCGCGCUGCAAGCAAUUCUCAUGGGAUGGCGGUGUAACAAUGGUCGUGGCGCUGGGCUCGGAACCAGGCAAUCCAACACCUACAUCCAUACCAUUCCCCGACCUCCCUUGACCUUCCAAAGGCCAUGCGCACUUGUCCAAACCUUCCGCAGGCAGUUCUUGUGUUCUGAGGCCCAUCCGAACCUCAUAAAUUCCAUCAACAUCCUGUCGGGAGCCUCAGAAUAUGUAUAA